UUUAAUACAUGCUAAAUUCCAGCCCACCAUACACAGCGGCAGUCUUACAAAUUAACUCUACCGUAAACUAUAAAUAGGAAUAUAUUCACAUUUCUCUUAUUGUGUCGAAAGCAUUAUGACUAUGUUUUAUUCCUGUGAAAUAAAUGGAAAACUAUUUGAACCAGGAAGCUCAUACCAGACAUUAACAACAAAGAUGGAGAACAGUUCGUAUUUAUCGGAUAAAUUGGAGAAAUGGAAUAGUGAGCUAGCACGGGGUUUAACCCCGAAUAAUGUGAUUUUGUCUCUGUAUAUCUUAACUGGUUUGUUGGGAAAUUCUACAGUGAUUCUGAUUUAUAGAUUUAAGAUGAGAGGAAACAAGGAGGAGAGAUAUUUUAUUCCAUUCCUUGCUACGGCGGAUCUAUGUGGUUCAUUGGUUUGCGCUUCUUUUGGAAUCGCUCUCAACAUGAUGCAGGCCGAGUUCAACAACAUGCACCUGUGUAAAGCUUGGUGGUUCUUCGCGGCGUUUACUACUUUUACGUCAGGCUUUUUUCUCGUGAUCAUUGCCGUGCAAAGGUAUCUCAAAGUCUGCAGACCUCUUGCUAAACAAAUGACACUGAAAUGGAAAAGAUUUGCUUUAAGCUUGAGCUUGUUGGUAGCAUUUAUACAUGCUGUACCUAUGGUUCAUUUUUAUGGAUCCGUUCCCUUUCCUAAUGAGGAGGAGGGGAUCGUUGGACUACGGUGUAGCAGGCUAAAAACCACCAACGAAACAGGUUCUUUGAUCUUUGGAGGAGCCUUAGUCCUCAUAACAGUUGCAUGCAUUGUCACGCUAAUUUGUCUGUAUUCUAAAAUUGGAUACACUAUUCUUGCACACUUCAAGUUUUCUAAAAUCGAUUGCAAACCCGAUACCAGUUCGGAAGUAGAAAAGACCAGCAAGAUUGAUCACUCUCAGGUCAAAAUCCCGAGUAGCAACGGGCCGCUUAGUGACACUGAUGAUGGCACUUACUCUGUCGAGACGUACAACACAGAAUUAUCCGAAUCGUUACCUCCUCAAAAGUUUAUAAAACCAACAGGAAAAACUCUUACAACAAAUACAAAACGUGAAAGAAAAGUGAAUCCUUAUAAGUCAAACGCAAAACGGAGAAAGGAAAGACUCAACCUGCGAGUUGUACAUAAAUUCACUCUGAUGUUUAUGCUCAUCACGAUAAUCUUCCUCAUUUGUUACAUCCCUAAGGUUAUCAUCAUGUUACUAGAGGCCAGGAACUCGAAGUUCUGGGAGGAGUUUUCAGAUUCUGCUAGAGCUGGCGUGCUCUUCGUGUAUAGGAUGUACAUCAUAAACAAUAUUACUAAUCCAAUCAUUUAUGCAUUCCUGGACGAACAGUUUGCUAAAGAAAUCAGGUCGUUGUUUAAACAUUGCAAAUAAGGAGCAGCUUUCCCGAAUACUUUAUGCUUUUGUUGCAUUUGAUAUGCAUGUAUAAUAUAUCUCUGUUUGAUACAAUUAACAUUUUCUUUUUAAACUCCCAUAGUGUUUUUUUUUUUUUUUUCGUAUUUGGUGACCUAUGUAUAAAUGAUCUCUAUGUAUAUUACCAUCUCUGAACAACAUCAUCGUCAUCUUUUUUAUAUUCCUAUGUAUUUUCAUAUUGGACGAACUGAAAUUGAAAUAUAUAUAUAUAUAUAUAUAUAUAUAUAUAUAUAUAUAUAUAUAUAUAUAUGUAAUAAUAUUUUUUAUUAUAGUCUUUCUAAUUUUUUAACAUUCUUUUUAUCUCCUGUGUUUUCGGCGAAAUAUCUUAUCAAGCGUUAUUUAUUUUCACAUUUGAGAUUGAGGUAUUUAUAUAAUGUUAACUGAUCUUUUCCUAAUCUUACAUAGCCUGUUUUGAAUUGGAUUAAUAUUCAAUGUCAAUAUAUCUAAUUCUACAAGUAAAAUCAAUACAAAUCUUC